AUAAAAUUAAGGUCCAUCAACAUCUAAAAAAAAAUUUUAAAAUAAGGCGAUGUGGUUAUUUCCAUUUUAUACUUGAAAGUGAAGUAGAGUUGGUCCAAUGCUCUUUCCUCUCCCCGGACCCACAGAUGUCUGCCUCCUGCCUACGGUUAAGGCGGGCCCUCCAGCGGAUGCCUUCUCCCGGGAGUGGGACGGACGAGCCAGAUGCUCCAAGAAUGAGGGGUGUCGAGAAUUAAUUAUGGAGCUCCUCUGGUGCCUGGCCCUUGCCUGAGUGGCAUAAAGAUGCCCGUGCUGUGCAGGAGGAGGACUUCUUUGCCCCACUUUUAGUCUCCUAGAGAAGCUCAGGGUUUGAAGUUAUUACUUGGUGGCCAAAAGCCAGCGGCCGUGGCGAGCAAGGUCCCGGAACUGUCUUGCUGCGGGGGCGGCGGGAGGGUAGGAGGCUCAAUCCAGGACCCAUGGAGGAGGCAGUGCCCACCCCGCCAGGAGCAGGUGCGGGGCGGGGCCGCUACCGGCGGCAGGGCGGGGCUCCUGCUGCAGCUCCGCCCCAGGCGCAGGUUUAAAAGGAGGGAAGGCGGGCCCCUGGAGCCAGCUGCGGGCGCGGGCUGGCAGACGGAGCUGUAGGUACGGCCAUGGCCCGGCACGCGGGGGGCGCUUGGUGGCUUAGUGGCCUCCUGCUCUUCGCGCUGCUGGCAGCCGGUGUCGCCCCGCUCAACUGGGAUCUUCCGGAAUCCCGGGGCCGAACAAGCAAGAUCCGAGUGCACCCGCGGGGCAACCUCUGGGCUACCGGUCACUUCAUGGGGAAGAAGAGUCUGGAGUCCCCCAGAGCAUUCCCGUUGGGGACAACUCCCCAUACCUCCCUGAGGGACCAGAGACUGCAGCUGAGUCAUGAUCUGCUCAGGAUCCUACAGAUAAAGAAAGCUCUGAGCAUGAGCUUCAGCAGCCCAGCACCCCAAACCCAGUACAGGAGGCUGCUGGUGCAGAUACUGCAGAAGUGAUGCCAGUAAUGGGGCAGACACAACAUGGCUUAGAUUGUGCCCACCCAGGCAAGUUGCUGAAUGGAACCCUAGUGGUGGCCCCAUCUGGAUGUAAAUCCUGAGCUUGAAUCUGUUAUUCCAUUACUGUGAUUUCCGUUUGGUUCGCCAGAAAUAUUGCAGUUGCAAACACAACCUAUGUUCCUGCUGUUUUUCUUGCUUCUCUGAUGAAGUUGUGAAUAAAACCCUGCUGUUUAUAUAUAGAA